CUAGUUAAAAUACAUUUCCUUCUUUGGGUCAGUUUCGAGUAGGAAACGUACUGAACGAGAGGUUUUACAGCGGGGAGUUUGUUUUCACCCAGACAACAUGUGUACUGGAAAAUGUUCCCGUUGCAUUGCUGUUACUCUGUACCCAUUAGUGGUCAUAUCCAUCAUCUGUAACAUAGUGCUGUUCUUUCCUGGUGGGGAGAUCAAGUAUGCCAAAGAUGGACAUAUUACUGAGGAGGUGAAAUACAUGGGAGGACUCAUAGGAGGGGGUAUAAUGGUGUUGAUCCCAGCACUUUACAUCCACAUGACUGGACAGAAGGGCUGCUGUGGGAAUCGCUGUGGGAUGUUCUUAUCAAUUGUAUUCGCUGCAGUGGGUGUGGCUGGUGCCCUGUACAGCUUCAUUGUGGCAGUGCUUGGUUUGCAGAAUGGCCCUCUUUGCAAAGAAAGUAUUAUUUGGACGACACCUUUCAAGAACAGUGACCCGAGUUACCUGACUGACAGUUCGGGGUGGGGACGAUGCAUAGAGCCUAAGAACAUUGUGCACUUCAACAUUGGAUUGUUUGGUACUCUGCUGGCCACAAGCUGCCUGGAGCUGAUUCUCUGCGGCAUUCAGAUGGUCAACGGCCUCUUUGGCUGCCUGUGUGGAGCCUGCAUCAACAAAGGGCCACUGUGAGUUCCUGAUCUGGAGGCUUCUUGCCAUUCUGCACUUAAAGCCACAUCUGAGUCGGCUGGCGCUCCCUGCUGGACAACUGAGAGUAGUGCUGCAUCUGCAUAAAAUAUUCAAGUUUUUUUUGUCGCAACAGAUUUUUAUAUUUUUUAUGUGUAUUUCAUGAUGCUUCAUACUGUAUAAACCAUGCUGAUCAUUAAAUUUCAUGGUUAAAUUUAAAUAAAUUGAUCCCCCUGAUACA